ACGAAUUUAUCCUCUUUACCACCGUCAUCAUAGUAGAAGUUGUUCUACGGAUGUAAUUGACACAGGAUACAAAGUGAAUAUGAAAUAUAAUCCACCCCGUAACGCUUAAAUGAAUGACUAGGAUAUGAGGCAUAUCAGAAAAAAAGUUGUUAAAAUAAKGUCAUAAUGUAUUUUAUUGAUACACACACGUAGUCAAAUAUUUGUACACACUCAAUUGCYUUCGAACCUGAAUGUCAUGAGAUGCCCAGGAUUCUGAAAAUUACAUUAUCGUCUAGCUCACGUUUGAAAACUUGUCAGGACAUAGAGAUGUGUGUUUUAUGUAACUUGAGUCCACCUGGCAAUUUAUUUGCAUGGCCAUUUGUAUUUUACACAACUGAAGUAAUUCAUUGUAAAAAAUAAAAUAAAAACUAUAUGUAAACUGUGUCUAGUCAAGCUCUUUGGAUCUGAGCCAAGUAUUUGUAGCGUCUGUCAAAGCAUUUGUUUUAGAUCAGUUAGAGACCAGACAGUCACUGCUCCUCCCUCACCAACCAAUCAUUCCUGAGAGGUCACAGGGCAAAGCUAUAUCAGCCCCAGAAUCAGAGACGGCACUUUUAUUUCCUUCGAGCUGAACAAGUGUYAAGAGUAUUUGGAAACUGCUACACAGCACAACAGUGAAUAUUACCUGUAUUCUUUUUAUUUUUCUGUCUAGCCUGAAAGUAUAUCUACAGUGAACAACAGCCAUGUCAUCUAUUUUACUGAACUGUAUGGGGACUGUCACUGACCAUUCUGAAUAUAGCGAACCGGAGGUCCCUUUCAAGAACCCCCAGAUCCAUGUCAAGAACCCCCACUUGGAUACAAUGGAAGAGGAUAUUCUCUAUCACUUCAACCUGGGUACCAAGACCCACAACCUACCUGAGAUGUUUGGAGACAUCAAGUUUGUGUGCGUCGGCGGGAGUSCCAAUCGGAUGAAGUCCUUUGCUCAGUUCAUUCACCAGGAGCUGGCCUUGCCCGGAAACAUGGAUAAUAUCACAGAUAUCUGUGAAGGUACCGACCGCUACUCCAUGUACAAAGUGGGACCCGUACUUUCUAUCAGUCAUGGUAUGGGCGUCCCCUCCAUCUCCAUCAUGCUCCAUGAGCUCAUCAAGCUGCUGCAUCAUGCCCGCUGCAUCGACUUCACCCUCUUCCGCAUUGGCACCUCCGGUGGAGUUGGUCUGGAGCCAGGAACAGUGGUGGUCACAGACAAGGCGGUGGACUGCUUCUUCCGUGCCCAGUUUGAGCAGGUGGUUCUAGGUAAGGUGAUCACCAGGAGCACAGAGCUGGAUAUGGGCGUCUCCAAGGAGCUGCUGCAGUGCUCGUCCGAGUUAGACGGCGUUCYAACCGUCAUCGGAAACACCAUGUGCACCAGUGACUUCUACGAAGGUCAGGGUCGGCUGGAUGGAGCUCUCUGCUCCUUCUYCACUGAAGACAAGCUGGAGUACCUAAGSAAAGCCUAUAACACAGGAGUCCGGAAUAUUGAGAUGGAGUCCACCGUCUUCGCAGCCAUGUGUCGUGCCUGUGCCAUCAAAGCGGCUGUCGUCUGUGUGACUUUGUUGAACCGUUUCGAUGGGGAUCAGAUCUCCACCCCUCAUGAUGUGCUGGUGGAGUACCAACAGAGACCUCAGGUUCUGGUGGCUCACUUCAUCAAGAAACGCCUGGGCCUCAUCGUCUAAGCUCCCUCCRAUCACCUCUGMUGCCCAUGGAUUGCACAUAGCUACAGCCUCAACUGUUAUGUGGACAUACACUGAGUGUACAAAACAUUAGGAACUCCUUCCUAUUGAGUUGCACCCUUUUUGCCCCUGACUGAAGU